CAAGCCCCUCUUGUUCUUCAGCAGCGCGUAGUCUCAGCAAUGUUACCUUGGCAGUCGGUAGUGUGAGUCAGUGCAGCAGGCGAGUCCAGCAUAGCGGCAACAGCGGCACUUAAACGGCAACCAAACCCGUAACUUGUAACUGGUGCAGCUUGGACCUUUAUGCAGGAAGCUUUCUUUUCUCAGCAGUCAGGCAGGUUUCCUACAGACAAGCAAGAAUCAUCUAUAUACUCUGCAUAGAAAAAAAGAAGAAGAAACCGUUCCUCCUUUACCUGACCUGUACUAACAAUGAAGUGCUCUUUUCCCUUGCACUUCUGGAGGUUGAUGCCCCUGGCUUUGACUGUGGCGCUGGUGACUGCGAGCCAGGCUUCCGAGUACGAGUACCUGAGCUGGAAGUCGGACCUCUACAACGGCGGACGCAUCUACGGCAAGGCGCCCCAGUGCGUGGACAUACCGGACGACCUGAAGCUCUGCCACAACGUGGGCUACAACCAGAUGCUGCUGCCCAACCUGCUGGAGCACGAGACCAUGGCCGAGGUCAAGCAGCAGGCGGGCAGCUGGGUGCCCCUGGUGCACAAGAACUGCCACCCGGGCACGCAGGUCUUCCUCUGCUCCCUCUUCGCCCCCGUGUGCCUGGAGCGGCCCAUCUACCCCUGCCGCUGGCUGUGCGAGGCGGUGCGCGACGGCUGCACCCCCAUCAUGGAGGCGUUCGGCUUCCCCUGGCCCGAGAUGCUCACCUGCAGCAAGUUCCCCCAGGACGACGUGUGCAUCGCCAUGAGCCACGCCAACACCACCGAGGCCACCAAGCCCACGGGCUACUCCCCCAUCUGCCCUCCGUGUGACAACGAGAUGAAAACCGACGCCAUCCUGGAGCACAUGUGUGCCAGCGAGUUCGCCAUCAAGACUAAGAUCAAGGACGUGCGGAGGGAGAACUCUGACCGCAAGGUGACCCUGCAGAAGAAGAAGAAGACCCUGAAGUUGGGGAACCUGAAGAAGAAGGACCUGAAGAAGCUGGUGCUCUACCUGAAGAACGGAGCCGACUGCCCCUGCGCGCAGCUGGACAACCUGGGGAACGCCUACCUGAUCAUGGGCCGCAAAGUCGACAAGCAGUACCUCCUCACUGGAAUCCACAAGUGGGACAAGUCCAGCAGGGAGUUCAAAAAGGCCAUGAAGAAACUUAGAAGCCACAAGUGCCCAGCCUUUGAGACUGUCUUCUAAUCAUCAGCUCUUCUUGCAUCUCAAGAUACUUAAGAACUUGCACAACCAAACAACCCAAAACUGUCCUUUUUGUCAUUUUCUUUUUUUUUAUAUAUAUAUAAAAAAAUAUAUAUACAAAUUUACCCUUUGUAGUGAAUGGCCCUACUUGUCUUAUUUUAAUUCCGUUCCUUUCCUUUAUGAGUGACAGUAUCUAUCUUUGUUAUGUACGCAUGUAUGUGGCAGUGUUUGUACUGAAGUGCCCGUGUCUCUCAAGAAGUUGUGGUUGAAAUGGAACCACGGUGAGAGCAAACCUGUCCAGUCUGUGUAUGUGUAGUAAGCUUUCAUAGAACAAUCAACCCAUAAUAUACCAAAUUCAGCUUUAUUUGAUUAAUAGGUCAUCUUUUCACUUUCAAUAUGCAUCUAUGAUCUUAGAAUUUGGGUUUCAUCUUUCAUAGAGUCAUAAAGUCUUCAAUGUCAGUGGUCAUUGUCAAGGGCAUCAUUGUAGAAUUUAUUUAACUAAAAUUUCUACUUUUACACAAUUACCUGUGUUCAGAAAUGACACUGGCACAAAGAUUAAUCGAUCAUUACGUUUUAGGUUUAUGAUUGCCUCUUUUAUAGUAACGCUUGUUUUAUAAUUUGUUUAAAAAUUUCAAAGCCAUUUGAUUUAGUAUAAAUAUCACACCCACAUUUAAACUGUUAAAAUAAUUUUAUCAAAAUGGUACAUAUGGUACAACACUGGCACCUCCUAUUGUUGGUAAUAUUUUUAGCUUUAAAAGCCUUGCUACAAAGAGAGGUAUAGGUGUUGGCAUUUAUUAACUUGCUUUCCUUACUUUUACAGAACUACAUUUUGCUUUCUCAUGAUUACAUUUCUAUAUGAAAUCUUUCAUUCACCUUGGUUAGAGCAGUCGUUUCACUUUUCUCUUUUUGUUGUAAUAUUGGCAAUUUGUAUGUUUGUUUUAAAUUGCUUGGCAAUACUGUGAAACACUGUUAAACAUUUCAGCUGCAGCAACAUAUAUCCUUGUUUGGUUCAAACAUUUCCCAUCAUCACCAUGACAAUGUUAGAAAUGUCUUGUUCUAAUACAAACUAUUACACUUUUAUUCUCUUUGUACAUAAAUAGUUUGUCUGUAACAAUCAUUGAUUUAUUCAAUAGGAAAUGGUAACAAAUUGAAACCAAAAAACAGACAUCCUUGUGAUGGAGCUCUUGAAUACUCAAAAGAAUAUUGUUUAAUAUUGUGUAGUAUUGUAGAAAUCGCUCUAACACUAGCAGGACUAGAAUACGAAAGAAGAAAUGUUGGACAGAAAAGGAGGCUAAAGAGGCCAUCAUUUACUCAUUUAUUUUACUAUAAAUCUGGGUCGUCCGCCAUGUCUCAGUUGUCUGUAAUGGCUCAGUUUAUUAAAUGGCACCCUUAACAAGUUAAUACAAUUUUUCCACAUCUCAAGUCCAGAAAUGUGCACCUCGAUAAUGUCACACUGAAUUCACUCAGUAACUGCAUGCUGUACUGUAGGCUACUGAUUAGGUUCUCCAAUAACUUUCAGUGUAGUUAAGGUUUGAGAUUGUCAUUUAAAUCCUGACCGCUGAAGUGGCUAGCUGUAUGACUUCACAUUUUUGUUGUAUAGAUGCAACUAUUUUGUCUUGAGUAUUGAUUUUGUGACUUUUAUUGGCAUUGGCUUACUGAUCUACAAAGAUGUACAAUGUGCCAAACGCCUUACAUUGUCUUUUUAUUUCAUGUCCUUAAGGAAUAGUGGAUUGGAUUGAAUGGUAUUUCCAUGUAUUUGUGUGUAUUAAUGCAUUUGACCAAAGUUUCCUUGACUUCAGUGUAGAGUCAGAUCUAAAGUUUCAAAGUUCACUGAACUUUUUGGAACUGCAUGGCACCCCAUUUCAUCGUAAGACUAAAAAUGAUUUAUGAUUAAUGUAUAAUGUUUUGUUUAUAAAUAUAUUGGCUUAUCGGAGCACUAUCAGGUUAAAUUGACAGUGAAUUUGAACAUUUUUGCCAGCUGUUAUGUACAUAAAAUUUAACACAAAUAUAAAAGAAAAUGAUGAAAAAA